AUCCAGCUCUGUUUGCUCAGGCGCCAACCAGUUGCAAAAAUGGAGGUGAUGGGUUCUUUGUAGGGGAUGGACUCUGCUACCUCUGCAAUUGUAGAAAUGCAGAUUGCAAUGUGGAAAGAAUUGGGUGUCUGUGGCACAAACAGCAAGCAGAAUUGCUGACCCACAAGUGCAAACCCACUUACAAGCCCGGGAAAUGCUGUCCUGAAGUCCUGUGCUGGGACACAGUCAUCUUGGAGGAAGAUGAGGACACACAGAAGCAGCUCAAUCAAGUCAAGCUCCCUCAAAUUGCAUAAAAAGUGUCC